GAUCCUUUUAAGGAGUAAUUUUGGUCACGGAAUGUUACAUUUUGCCAUUUUGGUACUUUAACCCCUUACCUUACCUCAACACGGUUUCUUUUCCGAACCGACGACCUGGAAGAUUAAAUAGAAAAGAAGGGUGUGAAGGGCAUAGAAUAAAAUAAUAGCAACAAGGCACGAGAUGGAUUGUGUGAAGAUGUUGAAGAACAAAGGAUACAGCAAAGUAGAAGAAGAGAAUCAGAGUCACUACGUCGAAGAUCAGCGCAAACAUUAUUCCAAAUCCCUAAUCGCUACUCUCUCCACCGUCGCACUCUUCUUUCUCACUCUCCUCUUCGUUCUCGCCUUAGUCCGCCAUGAGCCCGCCGAGUCAGCCACCGAGUCCAUUCGAGUCGCCUGCAACGUAACUCGUUAUCCCAACUCCUGCUUCACCAGCUUAACCUCCUUCCUCAGCAACACCACUACCACGAAAGCCAUGGAUCCACAAGCUAUCUUGUCCCUUUCACUCCGAGUCUCCAUCCACGAGCUCUCUAAUCUCGCCUCCGCCUCCUCCCUCUCCGUUGACUGCAGGGAGCUCGUGGAUGACGCCGUCUCCCGCCUCAACGACUCCCUCUCCAGGGUGGAAGCGGCACCAAAGGGGCUUACGGAGGUGGAGAUGGCGGACGCGCGCACGUGGGUGAGCGCCGCCUUGACGGACCAGCAGACGUGCCUGGAUGGACUGGAGGAGAUUGGGUCCUCCAACGCUUCGGAGGUGAAGACCAAGAUUGAGAGGUGCGGUGAGUACACCAGCAAUACCUUGGCCAUUCUUGCCAAUUUUAAAAUCUUAGCUUGAUGCUGAUUUGAUUCAUAUAUUUAUGUGUGCAAUGUUAAACCAGUAAAUGACAGAUAUGAUUAAUAAUCACUGAUCAGGUGAACCUAAAGAAGGUGGAAACUCACGCGUUCCUAGUUGAGAAUCAUUAGAUUAGAUUAUAUCUAAGGCUUCUCACCUGACAACUCAGCGAGUUUCUACCUAAGUGGAAAAGAAAAAAAAAAAACAUUAAAGCAUGUUGCUGAUGAGUUAGGAAUUUUGAGCAAUGAAUGCUUGUGCCUAAAUUUGUAACCGUAUGAAAAGUUGAGUAUAUUAUGGUCGCUGUGACAAAUACAAAUGGUUGUGGAUCUAAGUUAUUAUAUGUUAUGUUUGUAUAUUCAGACUUCAGACCUUCGUAUAUAUGUUUUGCAAUAUGCCAAAUAUAGUAUCCUAAACCCCCAAAUGGCCAAAUCCAAUAUUUGAACAUUGGAUCAACUUUCUCGGGUAGUGAUUAAUGUUGUCUUGUAAUAGUUUCCCAGAAUCAGAGGUGGAAUAUAUAUCUAAUAUCUUUGCAGUUGAAGCUAAA